CUACACCCUCAAUAAGCAUCUCGAUGGCGUGCAGGAUACCUACACUCUCCAGCACGCUUACACGCGGCUCUUGGGAUGGGUCGCGAGCGGUGUUGAGGUUACGAAGCGGUCAACCUUUUCCCCUUUUCUCCUCACGUGCUUCGUGCACCCGGGCGCAAAACAACGAUAUAAAACAACGUCAGGCACUGUUGACAGCAAAAGGCAGAACAUCUUAUUUUCUGCAACAGUCUAGUGUCUUCAGCACAUCAGUCAGGCGUAAUGCCGAACGCGAAGAUGGAAAGGAUAUCACCUCUCAGGGCGUACCUGAAUGUAAGCAGGAGAACAAUAACUUGUCAACAACAGCAAAGGUUGCAGCCACUUUGAAGUCCUCAUUGAAACUGGACAUCCCGGCACAGCGACAUGAGCAAAUCUACAACAUACCAAACUUUCUCACUUUCACACGCCUGGUAGCGACUCCAGUCGUUGGGUACCUCAUUCUCCAUAACCAACAUCUGGCUGCUUUUUCAUUGUUCACGUACGCUGCAUUCUCGGACCUGCUUGAUGGAUGGAUAGCCAGAAAGUGGAAGCUGCAGACUGUUGUCGGCAGCGUCGUCGAUCCCAUGGCCGACAAGUUCCUCAUGACAACUCUCGUCACAUGCCUGGCAGUCAACGGAAGCAUGGCGGCACCUCUGGCCGUUAUCAUUCUCGGUCGCGACGUCAGUCUGGCAGUUUCCGCUCUGUACUACCGAUACGCAUCUUUACCAACACCAAAGACCAUGGCCAGGUACUGGGACUUUAGUCUGCCUAGCGCAGAGGUGCAUCCCACACAGAUCUCAAAGUUCAACACCUUCCUGCAACUCAGUUUGCUCGGCACCCUGCUCUGCACAAACCUCCUCCACGAUCCUGCUGCGACCACAUCCGCUGCAGGUGGAUUCUUGAUGUCUAUCCAAGACAUCCUGGGUGGCGAAGCCGGUGUGAAGGACCUCGUUACAGGACUUUCGGCUAUCGUUGCCAGCACAACGCUGUACAGCGGUUUAGAGUACACAUGGAAGAAGGAUGCAGUUAAGAUUUUGGGAGGUAACGAGGAGCUCAAGAGGAAGCAAGGUUUCCGCGGACGAAUGAUCAUGGCUACCAGCUAUGGAGCGUUUAUCGCAGCUGCAGCUGCUCUGUGGUUUCGAGGCUCCUCGAAGGAUGAGACGGAAGAACAGGGGAAGAAGGCAUGAGCAAACAGUAGCUGGAGUCGACUGGCAACUAUUGCGGAGCCAAACUUAUAUACUAUAGCAUCAAUAGCGGGCACAUAAGC